GUGAGGGCGUAGUUAUAAAAAUACUGCUCCGCUCAUGAAAGUUGUAUUAAACAUCCCGUAAUCCGGUUAUGGCAAAUUUAAACAUUAAAACAAGACUCUCAGUUUAAUUCAACCUCAAGGACGCAGAAUUGCAAAACGCGCAGGAGUUCGAAAUGACGAAAAUCGAGAAAGAGAAGGAUGGUGGUGGUGGAGGAGAGAGAAAAUCCGGAAAAGAUCAGAGUUGGAUCCCAAAGAUGUUCAAAAAGAGAACGUGCACCACCUUUGUGAAGGACUCUAGAAAAAGUGGUUUGUGUCAGUGUGGUGGAGCACUAAAAGAUCAUACCAGUGUAACAACUGAUGAUUGUACGGACGACAAGUGGGAAAGUUUGCAACACACUUGCGAAUACUCCACUGAUGCCUUUGGCGAUCUGGAGUUUGCUGGAACUGGACGUCGACACAAACCAUUUCUGCGUCUGUCAUAUGACACACCUCCUGACUAUGUGUACGCGCUGAUGACCACUCAGUGGGGUCUUCCAGUGCCCAAUCUGGUACUGACAGUGGUGGGGGGAGAGGGAAAGGUGAAGGUGAAGCCCUGGGUACGAGAGGUGAUCAGACAGGGCAUUGUCCGGGCUGCACAGAGCACAGGGGCUUGGAUCUUGACGGCGGGUCUGAAGGAGGGAAUCAGUCGCUGUGUAGGCGAGGCAGUACGGGAUCAUUGUGCAACAGCUUCACCUCUUUCCCAGGCCAAAGUUAUAGCUGUGGGUGUCGCGCCCUGGGGCUUGAUUUACCAACGUCAACAGCUUGUGAAUCCAAAGGGCAGUUUUCCAGCUCGGUACUAUGCACAAAAUAUGCCCCCUACAUCCAGCUGCCUGGAUAGUAGCCACGAGGCCUUCCUCUUAGUGGACGAUGGAAGUGUUGGUCAAAGAGGGUGUGAAACACUGUUCAGAGCCAACCUCGAGGAUUUCAUUUCUCAUCAGCGCACUGGCAUCUGGGGAAGUGGAAGCAUCGAGAUUCCUGUUUUGUGUGUUCUAAUCGCAGGAGAUGCUUCAAUGCUAGAGAGAGUUGAUUUAUCUCUGAAAAACGCCACUCCGUGGUUGGUGCUGGCAGGUUCAGGCCCAGCAGCAGACCUGAUAGCAGGAAUACUGCGGGAUGUCAAUGCACCCAUGACUCCACCCGUGAGUCCCACUUUGCCGCCUGCCAACAAAGAAGCAAGCAUAAGCAACAGCACUGAGCUCAUGGAACGAGUGAGGGAGAGAAUCAAGAAACAGUUCCCAUUUGAGACUGAAAUAGAUAAACUUGCGGAUCAGGCCCUCAGUAUAUGUCAAAAUAAAGAUCUGAUCACUGUGUUUCGUGGAGACCAGGAGGGCAAAGAGGACUUUGAUACCAUCAUUCUGAAAGCUCUUGUAAGAGCUGCUAAAAGAAACUCUAAUAAUGCUAGUGAGUACACGGAGGAACUGAAGCUGGCCGUGGCCUGGAAUAGAGUGGACAUUGCUAAGAGCGAACUGUUCAACACCGACAUCCAGUGGAGGUAUGAUGACCUGGAGGAAUCAAUGACAGAUGCGCUGGUGAACGACAAGCCUCACUUUGUUCGUCUGUUCGUGGAAAGCGGUCUGAACAUUCUAGAAUACCUGACGUUCCAUCGUUUAGAGAAACUGUACAGCUCGCUGUCUGACUGCACUCCGGUCUACUCGUUCCUCCAGAAAAGACUGCAGGAGCGAAUGGACGUAGCGGCCUCACAAAACAGAUUAUCGUCCUCACCUGAUGAGACUUCAUCUUUCAAGCAUUCCACAAACGGCCCAAUCCCUGCUGCUGUACAAGAACUCACCCUAUAUGAGGUCUCAAUUGUGUUAUCUGAAAUCAUGGAGGACGUGUGUCAGCCGUUUUACUAUGACCCUCUGGGUCUAAACAAGGGAGUGACCUCCAGAAAAGCAAUGAAGCUUGUGAAUAAAUUGUUGCUAGGGGAGAGUCCGUACCGAAAUAAAUCCUGUAAGAAUCCCUGGGUCGCUCUAUUCAUAUGGGCUGUUGUGCAGAAUCGACGAGAAAUGUCCAUAUACUUCUGGGAAAUGGCGGGGGAGUCAGUGCUAAGUGCUCUUGCCGGAUGUAAGAUAUUAAGAGAACUCUCUAAACUGGAGAUGGACACCGAUACCAAACUUUCCAUGAAACAACUGGCUCAAACCUUUGAGAAUCUGGCACAUGAUGUGUUCAGUGAAUGUUACCAGAGCGACGAAAGCCGUUCUUAUAAGCUUCUUAUCAGACAAUCACAUCUAUGGGGCGAGGCUACCUGUCUGCAGAUGGCCACAAAAGGUGAUGCUCGCCUCUUCUUCAGUCAUGACGGAGUGCAGACCUUACUGUCCCAAAUUUGGUGGGGGGACAUGGAUUUCAAUACAGAGGUGUGGAAACUGGUUCUCUCGUUUUUCCUGACUCCCUUCAUCUUUACCGAGCUCAUUGUUUUCAGAGAGCCAGAAAAUGAGGAGAAGCCCGAGGAUUAUCCUCAGGGUAAAGAAUUCGACAGCGUGGAGGGAGCGGAGUCAAUGGCAGAAUUCCGGAACACGGAUGAAGAUGUGGAGGAAUGUACCUCUCUGAGAGUAAUCCAAGAAGCAGUACCAAGCGUUGUGCCCAAGAAACGACCUUUUAUAGUUCACCGAUGGAGGCAGUUCUGGUUUGCACCGGUGACUUCGUUUCUAGGCAACGUGUUCACAUACUUCCUCUUUUUGUUUCUGUUUGCUUACGUCCUUUUGGUUGACUUCAAGCCUCCACCUCCUAAAGGACCCGCCCCUAUGGAGAUAGUAUUGUAUUUCUGGGUCUUUACGCUGGUUUGUGAGGAAAUUCGACAGACUUUCUUUAUAGGGUCCACCACUGUAGUUCAAAGGAUGAGGCUCUACAUCCAGGACAUCUGGAACAAGUGUGACCUCACAGCCAUCUUGCUCUUCAUUCUGGGGGUUCUCUGCAGGAUGUUUCCGUGGUCAUAUGAUUUCGGUCGUUCGAUACUGUGUCUUGACUAUACAGUGUUCACACUCAGACUCAUUCACAUAUUUGCCGUCCACAAACAGCUUGGUCCCAAAAUCAUCAUUGUUGGCAAAAUGGUGAAAGAUGUGUUCUUCUUCCUGUUCUUCCUGGGGGUGUGGCUUAUGGCAUACGGAGUAGCCAAUCAAGCGUUGUUAUACUCCUAUGAUUCCCGUCCUAAUUGGAUAUUCCGCCGAGUGUUCUACAGGCCAUACAUGCACAUAUAUGGCCAGAUACCACUGGAUGAAAUAGAUGCUGACAAGCGUGCCCAGAAACAAUGCACUAAAAACGUGACUCUCAUUCAUGAGGGGUCUGAGCCUUGCCCGCAAUCUGAUGCUAACUGGCUGGUCCUUAUUCUGCUGUCAGUCUAUUUGCUGGUCACCAAUAUUCUACUGGUGAAUCUGCUCAUUGCAAUGUUCAGUUACACAUUCAACAAGGUUCAAGAGCACAGUGAUGUGUACUGGAAGUUUCAGCGCUAUAACCUGAUCGUGGAAUAUCACUCGCGGCCCUGCCUCCCCCCGCCCUUCAUCAUCAUCUCUCACCUGCAUAUCUUCAUCAAAAGGGUCAUCCAAAAAAUUCCUUCUUCAAAGAUGCAACACUUCGUGUUAAAUGUAAUCGGCAAAGAGGCCAGUUGGCUGAAUAAAUGGGAAUCCAUGCUGAAAGAGAACCUGCUUUCCACGGAGGGCAAGAAGCAAAGAGAGAGUGACACUGAGCGACUCAAACGUACCUCCACAAAGGUGGACAGCGUACUGAAGCAGAUGGUGGAGAUACGCGAUCAGGAUCGCAGGUUGAGAAAGCUGGAGACGGAGGUGGAGUAUUGCGCUACUGCCCUCUCCUGGUUAGUGGAGGCACUGUCUCAAAGUGAUCUGGCAAAACACACAUCUCCACCUCCUUUCAAAGGUGUAUCAUCUAAAAGUCCUUCUUCUCCCACCUGAAUAGUCACACAAAUACAAACGUGUUCCCUCACUUAUUCAGAAAUUCUGGGCAUGGAUAGAAUUACUUUAUAUUCUUUAUCAUUUCAGUUGCUAUUGAGUCAUUAUUUUAAGCAGUGUAUUUUUGGUCUUAUGUUAACAAAAGUUGUUUAAAUGUUUCAUCGUUGGACGGUAUAUUUAUUGUUAUGAAAACAACACUGGUUGAGCAUUUCUAUUUUGAUCCUUGUAAUAGAAAUUUUACCAUAUGUUUGAAACAAAAGAGACUCGGAUGUCUCAUAUGACUGUAAAAUGAAUGAAAAUGUAUUCUUUUAUAAAUACAUUUUGCAUUACAUUAUAUUUACGUUUUUACUUUUUAUUCUCUGCUUGCAAAUAAACAACUGAUGUGAACAGGGUUUGAUGGUAGAAACGGAAGCACAUAUUUAUAAUAUUAUAAUACAUGUGUUAUUUUGUGUAAAUAUCUGAACUUUAAAUAUGAUCUACAAGGAAUCUUUUAAAUAAAAAAAUUCUCAGGUACAGAAAAGGCACAGAUUCGCCAUUCGCCCUCUUUGAACAAAGCCUCAUUUGGUAAUUGAUCAUAUGUUUCCUAUGCAUACCAAUUUGUCCUCUUUGUUACUCUUUUGUAAAGUCCAUUAUGAAUUUUGUGUGCAUAUGUUCUUUGCAUCUUGGAAAUCAAGAUAUUUGUAAAGUUGUUCAAAAGUGGCUGUAAAAUUACCUAUUUACCAAUUAAACCUAAAUUUGUCUUUGUA